AUGGCUUCACCCACUUCGUCAGCCUCUCUAUCGCGCUCAGUGAGUGCCAGCUCCACCAGCCUCCCUUCGCGCCACUCCACUCCCGUUGCUACUCUUUCGCCUGCCGAGCAGGAGAAGGAGGCAUUGGUUCGCGCGGCCAUUGACAAUGACGAUGUUGCUGCCCUGGUCCAUCUGGCGACGACAUCGCACGGCCUUGUCAGCGACAGCCUGCGCCGCACUGCUUGGCCCCUCUUGCUAGGAUGCUCUGAGAGCGACAUAGCCAAGGAACCCCAUGCAGCCCUUCCCGAGCACGAGGACGAACAUCAGGUUGGUCUCGAUGUCAAUCGGGCCUUUGUCUACUACCCCAAGAAUGAAUCAGAGAACAAGCUUCAACAGCGGAAGAAGGACCUUUCCUACGUCAUCCUUGACGUCCUGCGCCGGCACCCCUCGCUAUCCUAUUUUCAAGGCUACCAUGACAUUGUCCAGGUCUUUCUCCUCGUCCUCGGCCCCGAGCAUGCCCCCGCCGCAGUCGCUCGCCUGAGCCUCCUGCGCAUCCGUGACUUCAUGCUGUCAUCGCUUGAGCCUGCCCUCGCCCAACUUGAACUGCUCCGGCCUAUUCUUCGCGCUGCCGACCCGGUCCUGUACGACCAUCUCCCAAAGAGCCAGCCCUCGUUUGCCCUUGCCGGCACUAUCACUAUGUUUGCACACAACAUACAAGACUACAAGGACAUUACGAGAUUGUUUGACUUCUUCCUGGCUCGGCAUGCUGUAAUGCCCAUCUAUCUCUUCGCUGCGGUUGUGCUUUCCAAGAGGGACGAGCUGCUAGAGAUUGACCAGGACGACGAAGACAUACUUUAUGUCAUGUUGGGCCGGCUUCCGCAGCCGUUUGAUGUCGAAUUUCAUAUCGCCCGGACUGUGGAACUAUACGAAAGACUGCCGCCUGCCCGCCUCAAUAGCUGGGAGUGGUGGCGCAUCUCAUCGUCCAGCGUGCUCAAAUCCUCUGCUACCAGCGACAGUCUUCGUCGCCUGACCUUGGAGGACGGAGAAAUGUUCCUCGCGCAGCAGGAGAGGGACCUCCGCCGACAACAGGUCCUGCGACGUGCGGCCAAGAAUGUCGAGUACCUCAGGCUACGUCUUUGGUUCUACCGCCGAUACGGCGCCGUCAGUCUUGCCGUUCUCGUUGGUGUCUAUGCCGUAUGGCUAGGACGAAAUGGAGACGUCAGUACUCGGUACCCUCUGCUUGGGCCUUUGGGUCAGUUCUUGAGCAAGUAUCUUGGCUCCCCGUGA